AGAAGAGAAAGAGAGGAGAAUGAUGAGCUGGUAAAGAAUGCUCAGGCAACUAAAACCCACCCUCGAAAGAAAAAAAACCAACCUUGGAUCCAAAAAGUUCAUUUUCAGUUUUUUUUUUAUUAUUUUAUUUUUUAUAUUUUAUAAUUUUAGUUUAAUUUUCUAAAAUUUUCUCUUACUUUCUGGCUUCCCAACCAAAAAGCUAAGCAAUGCCUCUGUAUAGCUUAUUAUAUUUAACUUCCUCGUAGCAGCUUCAUUUUCCUACCCUAUCUAUCUCAAACCCUUACUUUCCCGGAAAGUGACUGGAGAGAACAACUGAGAAAAGGAAAGGGGGAAAGAGAAAGAGAAAGAGAAAGAGAGGCUUACCUGCAUUUUGGUUUAUCUGUCUUCUUGAGGUUUUAAGACAAUGGGAGCUCGUUGCUCUAAGCUCUCUGUAUGCUUCUUCCCUUGUCAAAUUAAAUUCAAAUCACAUCUCAACGACACGUUUGAUACGGAGAGUGGAAGCAAGAACGAUGACUUGUUGCCUGGGUUCUGCGAGUUUAGCUUCGACCAGCUCAGAACUGCAACUUCGGGAUUUUCGUCGGAAAACAUCGUCUCCGAGCACGGAGAGAAGGCUCCCAAUGUUGUUUACAAAGGCAAGGUUGAGGAUGACUUUUUUAUUGCUGUGAAGCGUUUCAAUAGGUCGGCUUGGCCCGAUGCUCGCCAAUUUAUGGAGGAAGCUAGGGCGGUGGGGCAGCUGCGCAGUGAGCGCUUGGCAAAUUUGAUCGGGUGUUGCUGUGAAGGCGAUGAGAGACUCCUUGUUGCCGAGUUCAUGCCUAAUGAGACUCUUUCUAAGCAUCUUUUCCAUUGGGAUGCUCAGCCUAUGAAAUGGGCAAUGAGAGUACGGGUGGCUUUGUAUCUUGCACAGGCCUUAGAAUAUUGCAGCAGCAAAGGACGAGCACUAUAUCAUGAUCUUAAUGCUUAUAGAGUCUUGUUUGAUCAGGAUUGUAAUCCAAGACUCUCCUGCUUUGGUCUUAUGAAGAAUAGCAGAGAUGGCAAGAGCUAUAGUACCAACCUUGCUUUCACCCCUCCUGAAUACUUGAGGACAGGAAGAGUGACUUCAGAAAGUGUGGUUUACAGCUUUGGAACUCUGCUACUUGAUUUGCUAAGUGGAAAACACAUUCCUCCCAGCCAUGCACUUGACUUAAUACGUGGUAAAAAUAUUUCUAUGCUGAUGGAUUCAUGCUUAGAAGGUCACUUUUCAAAUGAUGAUGGAACUGAAGUAGUGCGGUUAGCUACACGGUGUUUGCAAUAUGAGCCUCGUGACAGGCCAAAUGCCAAGUCUCUUGUGGUUGCUCUCACUCCUCUUCAAAAAGAAACGGAGGUUCUAUCACAUAUUUUGAUGGGUAUUCCUCAUCGAGAUGCACCUCCAAAGGAGCUCCCAUUGUCACCACUUGGUGAAGCUUGUUCAAGAUUAGAUCUUACAGCCAUACAUGAAAUAUUGGAGAAGGUUGGAUACAAAGACGAUGAAGGAAUUGCCAAUGAGCUUUCAUUCCAAAUGUGGACAAAUCAAAUACAAGAGACACUAAAUGCUAAGAAACGUGGAGAUUCAGCAUUUCGAUCUAAGGACUAUGCGACUGCAAUAGAUUCUUACACAAAGUUCAUUGAUGGUGGGACAAUGAUUUCUCCGACGGCCUUUGCUAGGCGUUGCUUGUGUUACUUGAUGAAUGACAUGUCACAAGAAGCUCUGGGAGAUGCUAUGCAAGCACAAGUAAUAAAUCCAGAAUGGCCGACUGCCUUCUAUCUUCAGGCUGCGGCCUUGAAGAGCCUGGGAAUGGAAAAUGAUGCAGAAGAAACUCUGAAGGAUGGUACAGGCUUGGAAGCCAGAAGAAAUAGAGACUAAAAGUGUAUAGUUUUUUUCUUUUUUUCCUUUCUUAAACUUGUAUGUAGCUUUUGUUCAUUCUCUCCUUGAAUUUGGAGAUUCAAAUGUAACUACGGUUAUGUUGGCCUUGGUGUAGUUUUCAUUUGAUUUAAGAAGCUUCUCUACUUUGUCGAUGCAA